AAUUUAUUCAAAAGUCUUAAAAUAUUUAUUUAGCUUUCCCAGGUUUGUUUGAUAAAAUCUGUAUAAAGCAAGCAAAAAAAGUUUAUAUUCUAUUUUUAUUCUAGUUGUAUCAAACGUGCAUUAAAAUGAAGAUUGCAGUUGUUUUCGCGCUUUUCUUUGUGAGUUUUGCUUAUUCAGCACCGGUGGAAGAAAAUGACUGUUUGUCAUUGUACAGUAACAAGUUAUGUACUGCUUAUGACAGCCUAGAAAAAGAUAUCGAUAAAUAUGCAUACGGUGGAUACAAUAACAUUGAUUUUUUAACUAAUGCGCUCAGGGCAAAACUCGACUUUCUUGUUUCAUGGCAAUUAUUGAACAAAGUUCCAUUAGUUGGAGACAAGCUUCAUGAAUUCGUAUCCAACAACCAAGAUCUUAUUAUUGGCGUUCUUAAUGGAGGGAUUUCAGCUCUUAUGAGACUCGUUCCUCAGUUGCUUUUAUUUGCAGGAUAAAACAAAAUUUUUGUAAAUAUUUUUGAGAACAACAAGAAUUUGAUUGAAAA